GAGUACAGCUACCCAGCGGCCUACAAACAUUGACUUUCGGCGACGAUUUCAACCAGAGCUUGGUGGAUGUCAACUUUCCAGAUGGCCUGAAGGCAUUGACAUUUGGCGAAUGGUUCAACCAGAGCUUACGCUCAGUGCGCCUGCCCUGCAGUAUUCUAAGAUUGGUACUAGGCAGCGGUUUCAACCAGAGCCUCGCUGGUGUCCAGCUGCCAGAAAGCCUGCAGUAUCUGAUCAUCGGAAAUCACUUCCAGGAUAGCUUCUUGUCAAAUCACCAAACGCUGUGGAGUGCUGGCUGCUAUGAUUGCAUCUAUGCCCUGGCAGGAAUGCAGCUACAGCCACAGCAAUGCUUUAAGGCAAUUAUUCCUGGCAAGGGUGCAGACUAUGGCUUGCACCGGGUCCUGCUGCCAAAUGGCCUGCAGACUUUGAUCUUUGGAUGGGGUUUUAACGAAAGCGUAGCAGGCAUGCACCUACCGAGCAGCUUACAGACUUUGACAUUUGGCAGCAACUUCGACCAGAGCCUGAAAGGUGUCAGGUUACCGGAAAACUUGCAGACCUUGUACUUUGGCUACCGCUUCAAUCAAAGCUUGCGACGCGUGCGGCUCCCAAACAAGCUGCAGACGUUAAGUUUGGGCCACGACUUCAACCAGAGAUUGCAGGACGUCUGCCUACCGAACAGUCUGCAGACCUUGAUCUUGAGCGAACGUUUCGACCAGUGCUUGCGCGGAGUGCGGCUACCGAACAGCUUGCACACUUUGACUUUUGGCGAGUCUUUCAACCAGAGUUUGCUAGGUGUACAGCUACCACACAGCCUUCAAAAUUUGACAUUUGGCGACAACUUCAACCAGAGCUUGGAUGACGUUCAGCUACCCAGUGGUCUACAGACGUUGGCCACCAGCGCAAGUUUGCAAGGACUGCAAUUACCCAGCAGCCUCCAGACUUUGACUUUCGGCGACAGUUACAACCAGACACUACAUGGAGUGAACUUGCCAGCAGGACUAGAGACCUUGACCUUUGGCCGAAGCUUCGACCAGACGUUGCUAGGAGUAGAGCUGCCUGGCGGCCUAAAGACUCUGACCUUUGGCAAAUGUUUUGAUCAAAGCCUGCAAAGGGUGCAGCUACCCCAAGGCCUGAAGUCUUUGAGCUUUGGGUGGAACUUCAAUCAGAGCUUGGUGGGCAUCCAGUUCCCGAACAGCUUGAAGAGGCUGUGCCUGGGUGGGAACUUCAAUCGUAGCAUGUCUGGUGUUCAGCUACCAGACAACUUGGAAAUAUUGACAUUUCACUGGCAUUUCAAUCAAAGCCUCACAGGGGUUCAGCUACCCAGCAGCUUGCAGGCAUUGACUUUUGGCAGGCUCUUCAACCAGAGGUUACAAGAAGUCCAGCUGCCGAACUGUCUGCAAAAUCUGAAGCUUGGGAGGCGCUUCUUCCAGAGUCUGCAAGGAGUACAGUUGCCAAACGACCUGCAGACAUUGACGUUUGGUGACAAUUUCAACCAGGCCUUAGAGGAAGCCCAGCUGCCGACUAGCUUGAAGGGUUUCACUUCACCUGGGCUGACAGUUGUCGUUCGCUGA